AUGAACGAGGUAUCGCAAAACGUGCGGAUUGUCAAAACUGUCUCCCAUCGCGGGUUUAACAUCCGGAGCACACGCGACGACAUCGCGCUAUUGAAGACAGCUCAUCCCAUAAAAAUCGGCCAUGGCGUGACGACCGUUUGCCUGACGCGUGAUGAUACGAAAUUGCUCGGCGAGGGCUCAAAAGCGCUGGUGGCGGGUUUUGGAAAGGCUGUCGAAAGAAUACCCCUCGGUGUGCGGAUAACGAACGGGCCGGCAGACCGGUUGAAGACCUCGGUCGUUCCGUUGCAGGACACGAAGACCUGCUCGCUUAAUUGGUGGCGUGCUUCCGGAGGCACGACGACCGUCGGCUCGACGCAAAUUUGCGCGGGGAGCUUGGGCCACGGUUCGGCGCCGGGCGAUUCGGGAGGACCGCUGUUGGUUAGGGACCGAUUCGGGAAUGUGGUGCAGAUUGGAAUCACGUCAUUUGGUGCUAAUGGUUUUGAAGGGGUGCUAGAUCAAGCGACAUUCCCAGGUGUGUACACGCGUGUUUCUGCUUAUAUACCAUGGAUUGAGCGGGUGCUGGCAGACGAUGCCAAUUCGG